AUGUCAGACUCUACUGAUUUAGCUAAAGCUGCUGAAGAUUUUGUUGAUCAAUUAAGUGGUGACAUAGUUGUUGAUCCAGCUAUUGCGGAGGAGGGUGCUACUAAGGAGAAUGAUGGUGAAGCGCAAGAAUCUAGUGGUCAGAAUAUUAGUUCAACUGAAGAAAAGGAACAAUUAGAAAAUGAUGAAGAGGAUAAUUCAAAGAAACUUCCUUCGAAUAAAGAAACCGAAAAUACUUCUUCAGAAAUUUUAGAUGGUAAAAAAUUUUUCAUUAAUCGUGAUGCGGAUGCUCAUGAUUCUACUACUGAUGUAGAUAAAUUAGAGACAUUAAUUAAAGAAAAUGGUGGUGAAUUAUUAGAAAAGAUUCCUGAGGAAACCACUGACGAUAUUAUUGUGGUCUCACCAUACAAUGAUACUAAAUUACCAACAGUCACCCCAACUUAUAUCAAAGAAUGUAUUAAGAGUGGUAUAUUAUUGGAUAUGAAGAAUUAUCUAGUUCCAUAUGAUGAAUUUCGUGCAGUGAUCGAUAACCAAUUACAAACUCCAUAUAAUAAUGAGGAUGGCGAAAUUAAGGAAUCUCAAGGAACCUCUAAUGGUAUUAACGUUGAAACCACUGAAAAGUCAGCCCAAUCUUCUUCAACAAAUGUUAAUAACAAUAAUGGUGAUGACGAUGAUGAUGAUAAUAUUGAUGAUGAAUUAAAAUUGUUUCAUGAUGCUGUUGAUAACUCUAAUUCAUUAUCACAGCCUUUGGUACAAGUUGAAAAUCCAACAUCAUCACAACAGCAAAAUAAUAACGUAGGACAACACAAUUCUCAAAAUGUAUCUUCUCAUUACAUGACACAAGAUCAUGAUAUAAUUCGGGCUAAUCUUCCAUCUAAUAAUAAAGCAGCAUUUACAGAAGAUGAAGAUGAAUUCAUCUUAGAUGUUGUUAGAAAAAAUCCAACUAGAAGAACUACACAUACUUUAUUUGAUGAAAUUUCUCAUUAUGUACCAAACCAUACUGGUAAUUCUAUUAGACAUAGAUACCGUGUAUAUUUGUCCAAGAGACUAGAAUACGUUUACAAAGUUGAUGAAUUUGGAAAAUUGAUCCGUGAUGAUGAAGGAAAUUUAAUUAAGACGGAGGUACUACCACCAUCAUUGAAAAAGAAGUUUACUGCAAAGGAAGAUUAUGAUUUAGCCCAAGCCGUCAAGAGGCAAUUUUAUCGUGAUUUGUUUCAAGUGGAUCCUGAUACAGGUAAAUCAUUGAUCUCCUCAAACGAUACACCUGUAGCUAUUGCAAAAAGAAAGGUUACAAUGGACCAUAACAAUGUUCCAGGUUCUGAGCCAACUUUUGAUAAAUAUCGUAUUGGAGCACGUAGAGGUCCAAUUGCAAGAGAAUUUUUCAAAAUAUUUGGUUCAAAAAAUCCUACUCAUACAGAAAAUGCUUGGAGAGAUAGGUUUAGAAAAUUUUUGUUGGAAUAUGGUAUUGACCAAUAUAUUAGUUACUAUGAUACCGAGAUGGCUGAGAAUAGGGUUCCAGAGCCUAUUAGAAAUAUGACUAAUAGACCAAAGAGAGAAGGAUUACCAACACCAGGUAAUUAUAAUUCAGCAAUAAAGAGAGCUAAGGUCAAUGUUCCAUCUGUCGCACGUGGUGCGUCUCAAACACUUAAUGACAAUGAAUCCGUGUCCUUGGCAGCUGCUGCCGCUGCCGCUGCUGAUCAAAAUACAUUGACUAACCAUCAAAGAAAUUACCCAAUACCUGAAUCUGAUUUGUUGGACGAAGAGACAAUGAACUUCAUAUCUGAUCUGAAGAAUAAUUUGAAAAACAUGGAUAACAAUUUACCGUUCGAAUAUCCACAAGAGAUUGCUGAUGCUAUCAGACAUGAUUUCUCGAUUGAAGAAGCUGAGUUCGAUAAUAUUGAUCCAGAUAGUAUUCCUUUCCCACCUGAUAUUGCCAGUAUUGACCUAUUUUUGCCUACUUUCUUUCAAAUGGCAAGCACGAGAGAAUUCAUGGAUAAGAUUGAGGAUGUUAUAUCUAGAGAUUAUGAACCAUCUCAAGCUGAGAAGUUAGUUCAAGAUUUGUGUGAUGAAGCAGGUGUUAGAAAGACCUUCAGUACAAGUAUUCUAACAGCUUUAUCUGGUGAUCUUAUGGUUUUUCCACGUUACUUCUUAAAUAGUUUCAAACAUAAUGCCAACCCACCAAUGAACGUUCCAGGUAUUUGGACCAGAGAAGAUGAUGAAAUAUUGAAAGGUGGAAAGGAAGAAGAAUUAGCUCUUAUUGAGAAGAAGCACGGUACAGGUAGGAUUGAAAUGAGAAAGAGAUUCAUUGAGAAGGAUUUGAUCUAA